CGGAAGCACUUUGGAAAGCAGUUCUUCCCUGCUCAUAUUAACUCACGUUCAAGUACGGCGUUUAUCGCAAUGCCGCUAUCACAUUAGUGUUUGUAAGAAUAUUGUCAAAACAAUACUGAUGUAAUUUUAUAAUCGUUUGGAGGUAAGUAUGGCCAAUGAAUGCCGGAUUGACUUGUCGAAUACGUUAAAAAGGAGGUUAGCAAACGCGAGCAGAGAUGAGAGGAGCGAAGAAGAAAAGAAAGCCGAAGAAAUUCAGUUAUUUACCAAAUAUUACUCUGAAUGGAAGGGUGGUGGCCACAACAAUAAGUCAUACGAGAGCAUUCCUCGAUUCUACUUCAAGCUACCAACAGAAGAUGAAGUUUUACUCCAGAAGCUGAGAGAAGAAUCCAGAGUUGUCUUUCUGCAGAGGAAAAGCAGCGAGCUGCUAGAUAAUGAGGAACUUCAGAAUCUGUGGUUUCUACUUAAGAACCAGGUGCCUCCGGAGAAUAGUGAAGAGGCCAUGAUCAGCUAUGAAGACUUCCUGCAGGUGGGCGACAUGGCUGGGCCCAAGUGCAAAAACUUAUUCACUGCCAGAGUAUACGCCAAGCUGCUCCACAACGACCCUUACGGCAGGAUCUCUAUCAUGCAGUUCUUUAACUACGUCAUGAGGAAAGUGUGGCUGCAUCAGACCCGGAUAGGCCUGAGUCUGUAUGAUGUUGCGGGACAGGGCUACCUCCGAGAGUCUGAUCUGGAGAACUACAUUUUGGAGUUAAUCCCCACGCUGCCUCAACUGGACGGACUAGAUAAGCCCUUUUACUCUUUCUACGUCUGCACUGCAGUUCGCAAGUUUUUCUUCUUCCUUGACCCACUUCGGACAGGAAAGAUUAAAAUCCAAGACAUCUUGGCCUGCAGUUUUCUCGAUGAUUUAUUAGAGUUAAGAGAUGAUGAGUUGUCUAAAGAGAGUCAGGAUUCCAACUGGUUUUCAGCACCUUCCGCUCUCCGAAUGUAUGGCCAGUAUCUCAGCCUUGAUAAGGACCACAACGGCAUGUUGAGCAAGGAAGAGCUGUCUCGCUAUGGCACAGCCACACUUACCUCAGUUUUCCUGGACCGAGUGUUUCAAGAGUGCCUAACUUACGAAGGAGAAAUGGAUUAUAAAACAUAUUUAGACUUUGUGUUGGCCUUGGAAAACAAGAAGGAGCCAGCAGCAUUACAGUAUAUAUUUAAACUUCUGGACAUUGACAAUAAAGGACACCUCAACGUCUUUUCCCUCAACUACUUCUUCAGGGCCAUUCAGGACCAGAUGAAAGUGCACUGUCAAGUCCCUGUCUCCUUCCAGGAUGUCACGGAUGAGAUAUUUGACAUGGUGAAGCCCAAAGACCCCUAUAAGAUCACACUCCAAGACUUGGUGAACAGUGGCCAGGGCGACACUGUUGCCAGCAUCCUAAUUGACCUCAAUGGCUUCUGGACUUAUGAGAACAGAGAGGUGCCGGUUGCUAAUGACAGCGACAGCAGCAGCGCAGGCAGCAUAGAUGACUCCUAAAGAAUGUGGACCGAGGGGCAUUUCUGGUUUACACUCCUUAACAAUGCUUUGCACCAUAGUCAACAUUUGUGUUCCUCUUUGUAUUCUUCCUUUAUGCUGUUCAGAGCUACAUUUUUUUUUAUUUUUUAAAUACUGUAAAUAUGUUAAUAUCUUAAAUAAUAAGCACCAUAUCAACACCUGCAAGUUUGAAUGAAGUUAAAAUGUGGUUAUAUGAGAUCUAGUGUUUGGGCACAAUUACAAGUAUCGAGAGUUAAGGCUUGUUGGCACAUUGUAUUAUGGAUGGAAACUAUUGAGUUGACAAUAUUUGAAUACUUAUGGCAAUCGUGAUGUCCUAAAAACACAUAUUUUUAAUGACAUUCAUGUUCAGGGGCAGCACGGUGAAACGGGUUAGUGCGUGUGCCUCACAAUACGAAGGUCCUGGGUUCGAUCCUGGGCUUGGGAUCUUUCUGUGUGGAGUUUGCAUGUCCUCCCCGUGACGACGUCGAUUCCCUCCAGGUACUGCGGCUUCCUCCCACAUCCAAAGACAUGCAUCUGGAUAUAGGUUGAUUGGUAACACUAAAUUGGCCCUAGUGUGUAAUUGUUAGUGUGAAUGUUGGUUAUCUGUAUUGGCCCUGCGAUGAGGUGGCGACUUGUCCAGGGUGUACGCUGCCUUCCGCCCGAAUGCAGCUGAGAUAGGCUCCAGCAACCCCGAACGGGACAAGCAGUAGAAAAUGGAUGGAUUCAAGUUCAGUCCUAGUAAAGACAAACGAUACAUCAGAUACCAUAUACAAAACUGUCUUUAUAAUAGAGUAAAACAGUUGUGUAAAUUUUGAGACAACUUAUAAUGUAACUCAGUGGAAUUGUGUGCUUUUUUUUACUCAGUAAAUCAGGUUAAAUUUUAAUUCAAUAUGAUUGAGCCGUGGCCCUGCGAUGAGGUGGCGACUUGUCCAGGGUGUACCCCGCCUUCCGCCCGAUUGUAGCUGAGAUAGGCGCCAGCGCCCCCCGCAACCCCAAAAGGGAAUAAGCGGUAGAAAAUGGAUGGAUGGAUGAUUGAGCCGUUCGGUGUGUUGUAUUGCAGUCUUAGGCCAUCUCCCUUUAAAGCCUGUGAGGACCUCAUAUCAUGAUGUGACAUUUUUACCUUUUUAUUUUCUAAUGUUUUCAAAUAUUUAAUAAAAUAUUCAUUUGCUCUCA